AGUGUUGUAGUAACAGUUCACAGGCAGGACUUGAAAUUCCUGACUCUCAAGUACUUCCCUGGAAUGGAUUUACUUUGGUACUUUCCAAACCUAAACAGUUGUGUUAAUUGUUUGGCGUAUCAGCUGCAUCUUCCCCCGCACUGAGAUAGUAUUUAAGCUGUCUAGACUUCCUCUCAGACACACAGCAACACAGACAGGCACGAACAGAGACACACAUACAAGCAUGGCUCGACUGGAUGUUACAGAGACCUUUCAUGGCAUCACUUACCCUGGACAUCUGCACACUCAGGACACAUUCCAGUAUGCUAUGGACUUCAAAUUUCAGGAUACAGACACUUUGAUUGUGACAUACCCCAAAUCAGGAACGACAUGGAUGCAGGAGAUGGUCACUCUGGUGUCCAGCAAAGGGAACCCAGUCAGGGCUCAGACACAGCCCAACUGGUUGCGGGCCCCCUGGCUGGAGCAGUAUUACUGUCCCGACGUCCUGAAGGUGUCUCAGGGACCUCGUCUCUUGACCACUCAUCUGCCCUACCAAUUACUCGCCACUGCUCUUCAGGGCUCCAAGGCUAAGGUUAUAUAUGUGGCAAGAAAUCCUAAAGAUGUGGUCGUGUCCUAUUACCAUUUCCACAAAAUGGCCAACUUCCUGCCCAACCCAGGCACAUUUUCUGAAUUUCUGAAUGCUUUUAUGGAGGGGACAGUGCAUUAUGGGUCAUGGUUUGACCAUGUGAAAGGUUGGACCAGUAACGCAGGAAACAUUCACAACUUUCUUUACAUCACAUAUGAAGACAUGUCAGAGGACCUGCAUGGUUCUCUGGAAAGAGUGAGCAGCUUCCUGCAGUGCCCCCUGGCGGAGGAGGAGUUAACCAGCGCCGAGAGGUGCUGCAGCUUCAGCAGCAUGAGAGACAACUCCAUGGUCAACUACACACUUGUUCCCGAGGACAUCAUGGACCACAGCAAAGGCAAAUUCAUGAGGAAAGGUAAAACUGGAGACUGGAUGAGCAAUUUCUCAGAAGAGCAAAGUCGUAGCUUUGACAAAGUGUUUGCUUCCGAGAUGUGUGAAUCCUCUCUGGAGUUUGUGUGGAAGAAUCCUGAAGAAACUUCUCUGAAAUCCAGGACAGACACAGAACCCUUGCCUCACCAUGCAGCAUGAGGAUCCCUGUUGUUAACCAUACUUAGUUUUGUAUUUAUGAUGAAGCCUUUAUUUUUAUAUUCCUCCUUUGGUAGCUUGUUUGUUUCACUGUCCCAACCAAGUGCUGCUUCUGGUGAAUAUGUGUGUUUAUGUGAUCUAUGUAAUUUUUUUAUAUAAUACUCAUACUACCUGUGAUGGGCUAGCAACUGUGUGUUAUAUGUGAAUAUGGAUAUUUAAUGUAAAGUUAAAAUAUUUAGAUUGAGAUAAGAUGAGCUUAUUUUUUAAUAAAAAAAAAAACUUUA